AUGGCAGACCUCACCGAUGCUCCUAUCUCUAGUCAACCCGCCUCUAUCCCUCAAAAGCGUCCUCUCCCAAUUGAAGACAAGCAUGCCCCAGCCGUCGCAUCUCCCCUCAACCCCAGCACUCGCAUCCGUGAGGAGCGGACGAAGAAGCCAACCGCGAAAGUACGGAAAGAAUCACCAGAGCCUACAGCUACUAGCAAAAAAGGUGUGAAAAAGGCUGCGAAAGAACUAGAUUACCCUCGUCCAACUAGAUACAGGCUCAAUGCUCCAACAAGCAUCGAUUUUGAGCCGCCGCCCCCUCCUCUCUUCAUACCGGUCUCCACUAGGAAAGGGCGAACAUUUCAUCAGGCGACGGAGCUCAUCACUAACAAGAAAGGUUUCCGGUAUGCCAAUGCAAUUGCAGAUCCACAAUUCACGGCCAUUCAGUACAUGCGCCUUACUGAACCUGAACCUUAUGGGGCACAUAUGGCAUACGAAGAUGCUUCAGCUCAAGUCCUAUUCGACAAAAGCAAUGCGGUAUCUACAGAAAAGGGGUUUCGUAUGUGCAGAGCAAAUGUCGGGGCACGGGAGGGUCGGUGGUAUUGGGAAUGCAGGAUAUUGAGUGGUGUAAAGCCGCCAAAUGAGCAAGGCACAAAAGAGGAAGCCGAAGGUCACGUAAGGGUAGGAUGGGCACGAAGAGAAGCGACGCUCGAAGGUCCAGUUGGAUUCGAUGCUUACUCGUAUGGUAUACGAGAUGUGGGCGGUCAGAAAGUCACGCGAUCUCGACCACUCGAUUUCGCGGUGUCAGAUCUUUGUGAAGGUGAUGUGAUUGGUCUGGAGAUCACUCUACCGUCGCUGCCAUUUCACCGUAAAGUGGUUGAGGGUGUAUACAACAAGGCGGUGGACUCUUCUGACGACUUAGAUCCCGCGGCAUCUAUCGAAGAGCCAAACAUCGUUCGGGAUCGCACCGUAUUUCCCUACCGGACACGCAGAUAUUGGGAAAAUUUCGAGUACGGUUACACCAAACCCCUGGAAGAUUACAUGAAUCCAUCACCUCUACCCGUCAACACAACUAGCGAAGUCGACCCUCCAAGUCCUAACAAUCCCAUACCACAACUGAGAACCCUACCCUUUUCGAGCAUCAAAGUCUACAAGAAUGGUGAGCUCAUGGGCACUCCUUUCACUGAUCUUCUGGCCUUCCUCCCUCCUGCUUCGAAGCCUGUGCCACAGCCCACGUCCCGCGAAGGUCUUGAUGACGGCAUGUUGGGCUAUUAUCCGGCCAUCAGCGUCUUCAGAGGCGGAGCAGCUGAAGCCAACUUUGGACCUGAUUUUGCUUACCCUCCAACGGAGCUCCUAGAACUUGAAGAUGUCCAGAUGGAGAAUGGGGAAAGCUUCGAUCCGAGUCAACGGCCUGACAAGCCUUUUUCAGGUAGUCGGAGCAGGCUUCGUCCUAUGUGUGAUCGUUUCAAUGAGCAGAUUGCCGAGGAUAUCGUUUACGAUCUGAUUGACGAAAUCGAUUUCUGGGCCUUGGACGGGAGCAAUGCAGAGGGAUCCAUGAAAGACUUGACUGAGGCUGCGCCAAUAACAAUGCAACCCAUUGAAAUGGACACUGGUGUUGCAGUAGCCAUGGAUGGGAGAAAACCUGCAACAUUUGAGAUGAUGACUGGCCAGGGAUAG